AAGUGAACUCUAACUUCCUCCGUCAUAUGUCGUUUUUAUCCUCAUUCUGCGUUUUGCUGUAAGACUGCCCAGAACCCUAGUCUCUGCCAAUGUUCUACUGCUGCAUCCUUCAUUUUCUUUUCUGAAGAUCAAAUCCUUUUGUUACAUUUGGCAAAUCAGAAGGCAAUCCCCAACUAUUCACUGAGAAUUACUUGAUUGUGGCCUUCUCUUUUUUUAUGGUUUUUCCAUGCAUUGGUGGUUUUGCACGUUUUGAAUUUAGGUACCCCUGUUCCCCUUUUUGGGUUAUAGUUGACUCGAACGUGGUCGUGAUCUGGUUUGGAUGAAGUAAAAUUAUACUAUAUUUUUAGAAGGGUGUAAAAUUGGGGAAUGGGUUUCUUCAAUGGGGAAAAUGUAUGUGUUUUUUUUUUUUGUCGGUGGGAAUUCAGGUGACUAUACACCGUGAUCGUGUCUAUGUUAGCAAGAUUUGUCAUUGGCUUUUAGAACAGAUUGAUGAUGUACCUUUGUUAGAAUUGAUUAAUGAGGGGUAGCAAACUAGUAGAUGAGAGGAGGGAAAAGGGUUUGAUUAAAGAGUUUGUAGUGGAUGUUGGCUUUUGUUUGGAUUUGAGUUAUACUUCUGAAUUUAAAAGGUAGUUGGCUGGAAAAGUCUUUUGAGCAGGGUGGCUGGAUGAGAUGCAUUGAACAGUUUGGGUUAUUAAAAUGCAGAUGCUGUUUUGAGUAUAUUGUUCUUCUCCUUCUAAUAUUUAGGUGGAAUGUGGUUCAAGUUUCAAAUAGAUGCUUGACAAUGUGGACCAUGUUCAUGAUAUCAUCAACUCAACUUGGAGACUUUGUUCUCUUUUAGGCUCUUGGGUUUCUGGUUUAAUAUCAAAGCCAGAUAAAAUAGUGGUUGGCUCAGGAUUUGGUGGUUCUCUUUCUAGGUUGUCUGAGGAAAGAGAAAAUUGUUAUUUAGAUUUCAUGGAUGAGUGUAUAUACAUUAGUUCGUCAGACGAUGACUUGGAGGAGAUAGAAGAUCCAAGGAGGAUUCUCCCACAAUGGGCUACUUCAACUGAAAGGAAUUCAGAUUAUGGUGGGUGGUCUAGGCAGGACAGUUCUUCAAGGGGGGCAAAUAGUUCAAACACAAGUCAGUAUCAUACCCUACCCAUGUCCAGCACAAAUACACUGAACCAUAGAAUUGCUCAAAGAGAUGAACCUUCUUAUCAUACCCAGAAUGGAAACACAAGUCAGAAUCAAACAGUUAAUUCCCGAAUUUCAAAUACUCAUGUCACAGAUUAUGAGAAAAUGUCAUCUCAACAAGCUUUCAAGAGGACCCUUCCCUCAUCUCUUCAGGCAUCUGCAACAAGGGCUCUCCCAUCAUCGUCAUUUGCAUCAGACAGCAGAUUAAGCAACUUGAAAGAUAACAUGAACAGCAGUCAGUUUCAUGAUGCAUACAAGAAUCGUCGCCAUGGAUCAGGACCUAGCACAUCCAAUGACAGGGGCUACAUUCGUGACGGUUUUAGCAGGGGCAAUGAUGAAGAUCGUUUCUUGUUUCAAAAUGGUGGGAUUAGGAUUCUUCCUUCAUCUUUGAUGCUAGGAAAGGGUAUAGCUCCACAGUUUGCUAGUUCUAGUGAAUCUGCUUACCGCUCUGGAGCAGGUGAUGAAAGGGCUUCUGAAAAUGAUGAGAGAUUGAUUUAUGAGGCAGCAUUACAGGACAUCAGUCAACAAAAAACGGAAGCUGAUUUACCUGAUGGUCUAUUGUCUGUCUCUCUUCUGAGACAUCAGAAAAUUGCAUUGGCUUGGAUGCUUCAGAAGGAAACCAAGAGUUUGCAUUGCUUGGGAGGGAUUUUGGCUGAUGAUCAGGGCCUGGGGAAGACAAUUUCGAUGAUUUCCCUCAUCCAAGCGCAGAGGUCAUUGCAGUCAAAAUCAAAAACAGAUGAUACAUGCAAUCAUAAAACUGAAGCUUUGAAUUUGGAUGAUGAUGAUGACAGUGGUAGUGUUGAUGUGGAAAAACAUAAACAGAAUGAAGGAUCCAGUGAUGUAAAACCUAUUAGAGAAUCAAGCAGUUCUACACAGGUGCCUAGUAGAAAAAGGCCAGCUGCUGGUACACUGGUUGUCUGCCCUGCUAGUGUUCUACGGCAAUGGGCCAGGGAACUUGAUGACAAAGUUGGAGACGAAAAGCUUUCUGUUUUGAUUUAUCAUGGGGGCAGUAGGACGAAGGACCCUGUUGAACUUGCAAAAUUUGAUGUGGUUCUCACAACAUACUCUAUUGUGACUAAUGAAGUUCCAAAGCAACCAUUAGUUGAGGAGGAUGAUAUUGAUGAAAAGAUUGGGGAAAGAUAUGGGUUAUCCUCUGACUUUGCUGCCAGUAAAAAGAGGAAAAAGCCAUAUAAUGAAAGUAAGAAGAGUAAAAAAGGUAGAAAAGGAAUUGACAGUUCUUCAAUCGAUUGUGCUUCUGGUCCUCUUGCAAAAGUAGGUUGGUUCAGGGUUAUUCUGGAUGAGGCUCAAACAAUAAAGAAUCAUAGAACUCAGGUGGCUAGAGCUUGCUGCAGCCUUAGAGCCAAAAGAAGGUGGUGCUUAUCUGGAACGCCUAUUCAAAAUACUAUUGAUGAUUUGUAUAGUUACUUUAGGUUCUUGAAGUAUGAUCCUUAUGCUGUAUAUAAAUCGUUCUACAAUACAAUAAAAGUUCCAAUAUCCAGAAAUUCUACUCAAGGUUACAAGAAACUUCAAGCAGUUUUAAGGGCCAUAAUGCUACGUCGUACAAAAGGAACUUUGAUUGAUGGGAAACCAAUAAUCACUUUACCUCCUAAAACAAUUCACCUCACUAAGGUAGAUUUCUCCAUUGAGGAGCGGGCAUUCUACACCAAGUUGGAAGCAGAUUCACGCAAUCGAUUUAAGGCAUAUGCUGCUGCUGGGACAGUGAACCAAAACUAUGCAAAUAUUCUAUUAAUGCUUUUACGUCUCCGACAGGCUUGUGACCACCCGCUUCUGGUUAAAGAUUGUGAUUCUGAUCCUGUUGGGAAAGAUUCUAUUGAAAUGGCAAAAAGACUUCCAAGGGAUUUGCUCAUUAAUCUGUUUAAUCGUUUGGAAACAACCUUUGCUAUUUGUCUUGUUUGCAAUGAUCCACCUGAAGAUCCUGUUAUCACGAUGUGUGGCCAUGUCUUCUGUUAUCAAUGUGUAUCUGAAUACUUGACCGGUGAUGAUAAUACGUGCCCUGCAGUUGAUUGUAAAGAACUUAUUGGCGAGGAUGUUGUUUUCUCCAAAGCUACUUUGAGGAGUUGCAUCUCUGAUGAUUGUGGUGAUAGUAGUUCAGCAAAUUUGGAUCUUUAUGAUUAUUCACUAGUGCAGCAAAGUGACUACACUUCAUCUAAAAUCAAAGCUGUCCUUGAGGUUUUGCAGUCAAAUUGUAAAUUGAAGAUUUCUAGUUCUUACUUAUCGAAUUCCUUGGGAGGCUGUGGAGAUUCACUGUCUUCUGAUGCUGAAGACGACGAUUCAGAUGUUAGGGUUACAAAACACACAAGAAAAUAUUCGGAGUCCACAACUGAAGGACCAAUCAAGGCUAUAGUUUUUUCCCAGUGGACUAGCAUGUUGGACUUAGUGGAAACAUCAUUGAGACAAUCUGAUAUACAAUACAGGAGACUUGAUGGUAGGAUGACUUUGGUUGCAAGGGACAAAGCUGUUAAGGAUUUCAAUACUGACCCUGAGAUAACUGUUAUGCUGAUGUCACUAAAAGCUGGAAACCUUGGUUUGAAUAUGGUUGCUGCAUGUCAUGUUGUUCUUUUGGAUCUAUGGUGGAAUCCAACAACUGAAGACCAAGCUGUUGAUCGAGCUCAUAGAAUUGGACAGACCCGUCCUGUUACUGUGACACGGAUCACUAUAAAAGAUACAGUUGAAGAUCGGAUUCUGGCUCUUCAGGAAGAAAAGAGAAAAAUGGUUGCAUCUGCUUUUGGAGAAGACCAUGCUGGCAGUUCUGCAACUCGCCUCACAGUGGAUGAUCUGAAAUAUCUUUUCAUGGUCUAGACUUCCCAUGAUGGAUGAUUUCAAGUUUUGUUUUGGGCAGUUUGGCAUGGAGUUUAGAUGGUUCUUAUAGGGAAUAUGGCUGGUUUUUUAGUGCAGCUUAUAAUUUGUUUUGAAGCCCACAAGGGCAUUUUUGUCCUCUCAACUGCUAUGUAGCUGAAGGCUGCCUGUAAAUAUUCUAAUUAAAUUAUAUGGUUUAUGAAAAUAUUAGCUUGUGCAAAUGCCCUUUCUUUUG